GCCCGCAGCGAUCGCCGCGCCGCGCGUCACGCAUCUAAGUUUAGAGGGAAGGGGGCUCGGCCAGGUCACCGCGUCCCCCAGCCGCGCCCCCGUUUCUCUGUCCUCUGCCUAUCCCCGAGCCCCUCGCUCGGACUCAGAGAGGAAACCCGAGAUCGUCUUUCUGGGACGCAGGGGGCGCCGGACGCUGGGACGGGAGCAAGCGCGGGAGGGCCUCGGGCAGAGGUCCGGCUUGCAAAGGGGACUGGGAACUCGGGGUGUCCAGGCCCGGGGCGCACGUGCGAGUGUGGAUGUGGGGCGCAACGGAACUCUCCCUGAAGGCAGAUUUGGGGAUCGAAGGCUCAGUGGUGGAAUUUAGCGUGGGAAUCAAUUUGGGAGUGGGUGGGCGUGGUCGUGCACUCCUGUAACCCUAGGAUUUGGUAGGCUGAAGCAGGAGGGUCGCCGCGAAUUGGACUCCAGCCUGGGAUACAUAGUGAGUUCAAGACCAGCUAAAACUCCGCAGAGAGACCCAGUCUCAACAAGCAGGCUCCACAUGGACCCCGGGAAGGACGAGGAAGGGGCGCCGAAACCUGCAGGGCCACCUACGAGGAAGAAGUUUGUCAUUCCACUGGACGAGGAUGAAGUGCCUCCUUCGGGGGCCAAGCCCUUAUUCAAAUCCACACGAAGCCUUCCUACAGUGGAGACCUCGGAGACCUCAGCCCAGGGGGCUCCGCAGACCUAUGCCGAGUAUGCCAUCUCCCGGCCUGCAGGAGGGGCAGCAGCCACGUGCCCAGCGGGGUCAGAACCCUUGGCAGGAGAGACUCCCAACCAGGCCCUGAAGCCUGGGGCCAAAUCCAACAGCAUCAUCGUGAGCCCCCGACAGAGGGGCAACCCUGUGCUGAAGUUUGUGCGCAAUGUGCCCUGGGAGUUUGGAGAAGUGAUCCCUGACUACGUGUUGGGCCAGAGCACCUGUGCCCUCUUCCUCAGCCUCCGCUACCACAACCUGCACCCCAACUACAUCCAUGAGCGGCUGCAGAGCCUGGGGAAGAACUUUGCCCUGCGUAUCCUGCUGGUCCAGGUGGACGUGAAAGACCCUCAGCAGGCCCUCAAGGAGCUGGCUAAGAUGUGCAUCCUGGCCGACUGCACGCUGAUCCUUGCUUGGAGCCCUGAGGAAGCUGGCCGGUACCUGGAGACCUACAAGGCCUACGAGCAGAAGCCAGCCGACCUCCUGAUGGAAAAGCUGGAGCACAACUUCGUGUCCCGGGUCACUGAGUGUCUGACCACCGUCAAGUCAGUCAACAAAACGGACAGUCAGACCCUUCUGUCCACUUUCGGGUCUCUGGAACAGCUCAUGUCAGCAUCACGGCAAGACUUGGCCUUGUGCCCUGGCCUGGGUCCCCAGAAGGCCCGGAGGCUGUUCGACGUCCUGCACGAGCCCUUCCUCAAGGUGCCCCGAUGAUCCCCAAUGCUGCUGUGACAAUAAAGCAUUGUCCAGGGCCAGGCCCUGGCCAA